UUGUAAAUUAUAUGAGUGAGGUUAUUUGAGGAACUUUAGUGAUGUUUAAUGAGUAAAUAUAGUAUUUGAAAAUUUAGUAGGAGAUGUAAAAAGCAUAGAGGUCAAGUGAGUAAAUUUAGAGAUUCUAAUAGAAAAACUUAAAAUAAGUCACGGUUGAAUUGACUGACCUAGUUUCUUCAGUUUGACUCCAGAAGACCCGUUUUGUUCAAUUUGAAUCCGGAAGACCCGCUUGUGUAAGCGUUAGAGUUCACUGUUUACCACCCAUUUGGCACAAUGGCACCUGAACCCUUUUGUUUUCAUCUCCUGGGUUUCGCUAUAAACCCCACCUCAAGUUUCUUCAGUUCCUCACAUUCACUCAAAGCACUCUGUUUUCAUUGCUCUGUUUCCAGUACUCUGCUUUUGCUCUGCUUUCAAGUACUUCCCCUUCCUUGUUUUACCAAAAUGGCUAACUUUUUGAGCAUUUUCACAAUAAGGAAUUUGCUUGUGCUGUCUCUGGCGCUCAAUGUGAGCUUGAUUAUGAGGGCAUUUUUCGAUGGUGAGAAACAGGGCUUCUUCUCUGUGGAGCAGAGAGGUCCGUCAGUGGAUGCAGACAAGGAAACUCACGCAACCCAGAGGACCCUUCUGUCAGUUUCUUCUUCGUCUGAUAAUGAAGACAUGGAAAGAGUCAUCAAUCUCAACCACGGUGACCCGACUAUGUACGAAAAGUACUGGAUGAUGAUGGGUGAGAGAACCACUGUUGUGAUUCCUGGAUGGCACUCCAUGAGCUAUUUCUCAGACGUUAAAAACCUCUGCUGGUUUCUGGAGCCCGAGUUUGCCAAGCAGGUUUUCAGACUACAUAAAUCGGUGGGCAACGCCGUCACUGAAGGCCGUCACAUUGUGGUUGGGACAGGUUCAUCUCAGCUCGUUUUAGCUGCACUUUUCGCUCUUUCUCCGAAAGAUGGAUCUGAGCCAAUGAGUGUGGUAUCUACAGCCCCAUACUACUCGUCUUACCCCGUGAUGGCAAACUACCUCAAGUCGGGCUUGUACAACUGGGCUGGAGAUGCCCAAAGCUUCGAUAAGGAGGGCCCUUACAUCGAGUUGAUCACCUCUCCGAACAACCCUGAUGGAUUCAUCAGGCAGCCUACGGUGAAUCGAACUGGAGGUAAAUUGGUCCAUGAUUUGGCUUACUACUGGCCCCAAUAUACCCCCAUUUCCUCAACGGCAGAUCAUGAUCUGACAUUGUUCACCAUCACAAAACUCACUGGUCAUGCCGGGUCGCGCAUUGGGUGGGCUCUAGUGAAAGAUCCAGAGGUUGCCAAGGAAAUGGUCAAGUUCAUAGAGCUCAACACCAUUGGCGUCUGCAGGGUUUCACAGCUCCGAGCUGCCAAGAUCUUGGAAGUACUGACCAACACCACUGAAAAACUUGGCAGGUCGGAUUCUGGCGAAUCCUUCUUCGAGAUAAGCUACCACCUCAUGGCAGAGAGGUGGCGACUGCUUCGAGCGGCGGUGAACAAUGGCAGUAUGUUUAGUCUGCCUGAAUUUCCACCAGGGUUCUGCCACUUCCUUCAACAGGAGACGCAGCCUCAACCUGCUUUUGCAUGGCUCAAAUGUGAAGACGAUGCAGUGGAGGAUUGCGAAAGCUUCCUGAGAGGGCACAAGAUUUUGGCCCGAGGAGGAAGACAGUUUGGGGUUUCCCCAAAGUAUGUCCGAGUUAGCAUGCUGAGUAGGGACAUUAACUUCAGUUUGUUUCUGAAGAGACUGUCCAAAAUCCAGUCAUAACAUCGUGACUGGGGCUGCUCCUUCCUCAAUCUUGUAAUUCUUGUGCCCAAUUUAGGAGAGGCUGCGCUGGUGUGCGAGGACACUGAGAAAGGAGGAGGGGAGUGUGAUCAAUUGGUUUAUAUGUAGAAUAGUAAUCGAAAGUGAUGCAAUUUGUAUCCAUGUAUUUGAUCAUAUGGUUUUCUAAAUGAAAUUUACAGGGGUUCAAAUCCAUCCAUAUCCAUUUUCACACACACACAACUGCGAGAAUAAUUAAAAGAGUUAAUUUGAUUCAAGUCCUUUUUGUUAUAUAAAAAUUAGAUUUAGUCCUUUUUCAAAUUCACUAAUUAGAUCACAAUUUUAGCUCAAUUUUAAAUUUUAAAUUCAAAUUCCAAAAUUUACAAUUCAUCAAUAAAUAAUUUUCAGACAAAGAAGACUAAAUGCAUUCAUAUAAACUCAAUAUACCUAAGAUGUAGGUCUAAUACUUAUAUACCUACAUUAUAGGAUAAAAACAUUGGAACAAAGAUUCAAACAUUAUUGCUUCAUUUGUAUCUAUAUAGUAGGUAUUUAAAGUUGUAUCGUAGAGAUUUAAUCUACCUAGACAUACGAAGCAGGGAAAAAAAACAUAGAAUAUAAAUAAAAAGGUACAAAUAUGUAUAUAUAGAACUUAUACCUAAUUAAAAGAUAAAAUGUAUGAAAGAGAAAAUGUGAGACAAUGAUGGAACCUUAGAUAUAGAGAUAUAGAGAAACUUGAUUUUUUUUUAAAAACUUGUGAAAUCUUACCUAUAAAUAAGGCAUGUAAAUGUGAAAUAAAAAUGUCUAAUCAAAUUCUAGGACAAAUCGUACCUAUAACACCAUAAUCGAUUCUAUAUUAAAGGUAAGCA